UUAAUUGUGGAAUUAUAUCAAUCAAUGAGCUGAAAAUUUGGUCUGCCGAAUCCACUGCCAUGGUGAAUUCGAUGAACAAUUUGAUAUUGUCUUUUUUCCCCUUUUUAUUAAACUCAAUCUGCAUUUUAAAAUAUCCAUUUAUAAAUAAGUCAUAACAUAAAAUUUGUCGUAUUUCGAAAGAAACAAAACAACGUUAUUUGUGGACACGCGGUAUUCCAAUAGAAUUAAAUGAGGUCUACAAAUUACGAAUAAUUGUUAUUAGUGCGGUUGAUUGGAAAUGUUUCAUCAUUUUGCCCUCAUAUAUGUGCGCCACUCCUUGUAUCAAAAACAAUCAUUGCCUUUUAAAAUAAAUAGCCUUAUAUUCUUUUAAUGACAAGCGCAACAGUGAAUCAAAUCAUGAUCUAAUAUUUUUUCCGUCUGUUAGGGCUACGGGAAGAUCCAAAUUAUUUAUAAAACACAGGAUGAGGUGUAGCUUCCUUUGCGCUGCUGAUUUAUAUUUUGAAAUUAUGUUCUCUGUCCUAAUAUGAAAGAUACAGCUGUUAAGACGUUAUUGAAAUAAUUUUGUUUUAAUUUAGUUGCAGAAUUAUCAAAUCCUUAUAAUAACGAUUUGGUAGGACGAUUAUUAUCGUUGUUGUUGUUAUUAUUACACUUUCCCCCCUUAAAUUAUUACCAAUUAUUAAUAAUUAGUUCCCUAUGAUUUAAACAAUUUCAAACACCUUUAAAUUGGGGGAAAUGCAUUAUAAUCUGUUUUUGCAACAUAGGAAUGGUUUCAAUGCAAGAGUCGUUUUGGCCUGUAUACGACGGGCUAUUAUUUAUGUGUUUAUUUUUUGCCGUUUUCAUAAACUGCAAUAUUGUGCGCAUUGGCAGUUCUCAUUUAGAUUUGGUGGAGCACACUUCACGACCCAAAAAUUUCUUUCCGGGGGAUUUUUGGCUGAGUAAUCUCAGUACGACAGGUUAAAAAAAAAAAUCCGAAAAGUUGUGUGAAUGUUGUAAAAUAACUGAGCUCUUCGUUUUGCGGGGGAAACCCCAACACAAGACCAGUCUAUUAAAAUGAGCUACAGUUUCCAAACAACCCACGUUUUGAUGACACAAUUGAUGACAAUAUUUUGUGAUCACUCAAAUAAAAAAUAUGAUCCUAGAAAAAAAUAACACAGUGAGAUUCUGUGAGAGUACCUCUGCUUCCUAUUUGCAAACAGUAAAGCCAGAAACGGAAGGAAAUGCUGUUAUUUAGCCCAAACAAAUGGACAUUUACGAUCAAAUGCUGGAUUGAAUGAACGAAAAUAGACGGCUCUGCUAAUAUAUAGAAAUUGUAAACAUACUAUUGUAAACAAAGAAGUAACAGUUAAAUGUCUUUGAUGCGCCACAUCGUGCAAUUUAACGUAAUGAAGCGAUCUUUUCAAGCUAAGCUCCUCCCCUCACUUAGCAACCCAAGCACGUAGCAACGACCUGGCCAAUGGGCGUCGUCCUAGCGGGUCCACCGACUACGGUUCCCUAGCAACGCUAUAAAAAAUGCGCUGACGUCCAUUCUCUGCUCAAGAGUAUUAUGGUCUGUCGGGAAUUCAGAGUGGCAGCGACCAGAGGAGAAAAAAAAGACGCUAGCAGGCUAACGGUAGGUUGCACUGGAGUAAACAUGGAGCUGUCUGCCGUCGGGGAGCGAGUGUUCGCAGCCGAGUCGAUUAUCAAACGCAGGAUAAGGAAGGGUCGGCUCGAGUAUCUGGUGAAAUGGAAGGGCUGGUCUCCAAAAUACAGCACGUGGGAACCGGAAGAAAAUAUUCUGGAUUCGCGUCUGUUUGCGGCAUUUGAGGAGAGGGAGCGAGAACGGGAGCUAUUUGGGCCCAAGAAGAGAGGUCCGAAACCUAAGACCUUUCUGCUCAAGGCCCAGGCAAAAGAAACCACCAAGUCUUAUGAGUUUCGGAACGAGGCAGUGCGAGGGAUGCAGAUUCGCUACCCCACACCGGAGCCCGUUGUCACCCCGAGGGCCAGAGAAGGCCUGAGAUCUGUUGUUCCCACCAUUUUCCCACCAAGCACUAUCAACCGAGGAGAAAGCAUGCUCGUGGGCCCUUCAGAUGAGGAACAAGUUUUCCCCGAAGUGCUUGAGCACGUCCCCAAAAAGAGAGGGCCCAAGCCCAAACUGCGUUUAAAUGACGACGUGUGCGCAAACUCCGAGUUCGCGAGCCACAGCCCUCCAAAACUGCUGAAGGUGCAGAGUAAUCGAGAGGGAUUAAUCAAAGUUGGGCAUCACAGAUACCAAGGCAACCACGGCCACAGCCAUAAGCACCGCCAUAGGCACCAUCAUCAUUCACACGACCGGCCUAUGACAGCAGAGGGAUCUUACAAGCAGCUUUGCGCAGGGAGCGACCUGCAUUUGCAGAGCAAGGACCCUCAUAGGACUAAAAACGGCUCAGGCCUGCAGCCCAAACUUCUGGCAGCUCGCCCCACACAGCUCCUGCCCACGGAAAAGCCUUACUUUCUGGACAAGCAGUCCCCGAGCCGACUUGACGUGGACUUGGAUGAUGUGACGUGGCGGCCCUCACUGUGCAGCGUGGAGAAGGUUCUGGUGACCGAUGUGACAUCCAACUUCCUGACUGUCACAAUCAAGGAGUGCAACACUUCUAAAGGCUUCUUUAAGGACAAGAGAUGACUUAAUUCGAUCUUUCAUUUUCUCUUUUGUUUUUAAAAAAAGGAGUAAUUGUGUAAAUAUCAAGGAAUGUUGUUGUUAAUAUGUAUACAUUAUCUAGCAAGCAUUGACGAAAUUAAAUCAAAUUCCCCUCUCAUUAUACACUGGCUACAUUUGUAAAAUUUGUACAUUUGACUUUCUCAAAAUAUAACUGCUAGAAUUUAUUUACCCACAACACACAUCUCAUGCUGGGAGAUGAUGAGAUUCGUUUUUGUUUAUAAUAGAGCCGUUAUUUGGGUUGGUUGUAAUUUAAAAUUAUUUGACAAAGAUUUCCGUUUGAGAGCUGUUUUGAAACUAUAGCACUUUGUGUUUAAAAAAAGUAUUAUUUCGUUUGUGUUGCUGUCAAAGUCCAACUUUGUCCCAAUUGUCCAGCAUUUUCUAAAGGUUCCGCUAAUUUGCGAGUGUGUACAGGCCCAACUGCAAGAAAGAGCAGCGAGUUUUGACUUGGGAAAAUAACAUUUGGCGUAAAAUUAUUUGUUUCAAUAAAUCAAAUGUUUUCAAUUGUUUAAAAAUGCGUGUUUAAAAAUGCUUCUUGUCCUUGUUUAGAUGGCUUAAUUAAAGGUCGUUUAUUCGCAAAUG